GACAUCACCUUAUUAUUGCAUCAUGUUUGUAGCCAAAGUAAAUUCAGCUUUCCUAUUUAUAAUGUUUGUUUUGAAAAAAUAAGUAAAUAAAAAUGAAUAACGAUUUAAGUGAUAAAGUUGGUGCUGCGAAAAAUGCUUUAAUGUCGGCUCUGGGCGAUAAUGCUCAGAAAUAUUUAUCUAAUAUGAAGCUUUGGUUCAGACAUAAAUGGUCUAAAGAACAGUUCGAUUAUGAAUCUCGAAAAUUUUUAUCGCCAGACAAAAUGCACUUGCACAAUCAAUUUUUUAUUGCAAUACUUAAUAAAAUAGAUGCUUUUCAAAUGCCGCAGGAACCAAGCCCUAUAAGUGGCAGUCUCUCAGUAGGAGUUUCUGGUGCAACAUUGGGUACGAAUAAUAGUGGGAGCCGUAAAGCCAAGCGAAAAAAAAGUUCUCGAGUAUCUAGUGAUAGAGUUACAUUUGAACCGUAUGAUUUCUUGGAUUUUAUUAUGGAAGACACAAUGAAAUUAAUACGACCGGCAACAGGAACGGAAGCAAAUGUCCAGAUUCUGCCAACCCAACGAUAUUGUGUUCAAGAAUUAUUUUUACCGGAUGCUGGAUUUAUUUUAGGCCGUUUUCUUAUUGGAGCAUGGGAAUCUGGUCUAGUUAAUGUGGAAGAUAAUGUUGCAGAAUACGUUGCAAUGGCAGUGCAAGUACUACUUAAAAAUCUUAUAUCAGCAGUCAUUAUGAAAAAAGAACAUUAUAAAGUAACUGGAGAAGGCUCAUUCUACUAUGAUGUUGGAGCAUCACUAAAAGAUCCGUCAGUGCGCAAUACUGUUACACGCCAAAAACAAGAUGACGGGCCUUUAGAGCUAGAUAAAGAAAUAACAUCACCUAAUUUUAUGCGUAGAUCUAAUGAUGACGUUACUUUUCUCUCCGCCUGUGAAGAAAUUUGAAAUCUAUUUCCUUUUCAGAAAUCCCAAAAAUACGAAGGAAAUUACUCUUACAGAUUGCCAGAGAGCAUUUUCAGAUCGCAAUUUAAUACCUUCACAUUCAGUUUAUGCAAUAAAUAUGGAAAGAUUAACACAAAUGAUGCAUUAAAAUAUAUAUUUAUUCAUCAAUUUAUUAAAAAUAAAACAAAAUAUUGACAACA